UACACAAUCAUAUUGAAAUAGUCGUUUUCCCGUUCAGUGACAAGUGGGAUUUAUAAAAGGGUAACGAAACGCACAUUGCGUGUGAAGAUCUCUAGUGGGCAAAAAGUAUGAGUGUUUGUGCCUGCAUUAUACGAUUAAUGUUUGAGCCUUGUGGAUCCAUGACAAUCAGGAUACUGACAAUCGCGAAUACAUCCUGUAACAUUAAGAGGCUUUUUCGUUUACACAACAACAGUUACUGAUUUCUUGAAAUUAUUCUUUUCUUGUGGGUCCUUCUCCCCCAAGUAUCUGGUGAAAUGUCCGACAAAAGUUACGACAGUUUGCCACAUAAACAGGCAGCAGACUCUUCCUCCGAUAAACACGACGAACAGUCAGCAAGAGAACGACUGUCGAAGCGGCUGACUUACGUACUUCGUUACGGAGCGAGGAAAGAGGGACUACAGGUGGAUGAUUCAGGUUUUGUAGAUUUCAGAGAGCUCAUGACAUUGCCAUUGCUCUCUCAAUACUCAGAGGCAGAGGUUAUAAAUGAGAUUCAGAAUUCCUCUUCCCAUCGUGGAUCAAACCGUUUCACUCUUCAUAAAAACAAUGAGAAGGUGCUUGUAAGGGCAGCUUAUGGGAGGAACAUGGAAAAAAAUCCAUACCAUGAUGGAUGUAAGGUGCUCACCCUGUUUGAGAGGUCUAUGCAAACUAUUCUUGACAACCUGCAGGACUAUGACUUCCAGGACCUUCCUGACGAGUACCUUAUAACAUCAAUGCUGCGAAGACUUGCAAGGACCAAAAAGCUGAACAACAAGAAGCUGAAGGUGCUUCUGGUACCAGCAGUAGAACAUCUUGACCUUGAAAAUGUGUUCCUGACCCCAAACAUUUUGAAGAUCAUUUACCACCAGUGCCAACAGUUGAAGAGUCUCAGCCUACGUAAUUGUAGCUACAUCAUCACUGACAAUGUACUCACACAGCUGUGCAAGGAGCUACCAAAUCUGGACUUUCUGAACCUUACUGGGUGCAAUCAUAUAACAGACAAAAGCAUUAAAAUGCUUGCCAAAAGCUUACCUAAACUUACGGUGCUGGGCCUUAGUUCAAACAAAGGAAUCAGUGAAACUGGAGUGAUUUACCUACUGGAAACGGCCCCAGCGCUGAAACAUCUGGAUGUUUACUGUUUGGAAACAACACCUGAAGGCAGGCAGAGGAUUCGUGAAUUGCGUACACAGCAUAAGAUUGUGGUGAUUCUGAGUGGACUGGAAGAGCAGGAUAAAGAUGGAAACUCUGUGCACAUACAACCUGUCUACCCUAGAGGCAUGGCAAUGUGAACUGAAUAGACUGAACUAAAACUGGGUGCAGAGUUACUGUUAUUUAUGUCCUGAACAUACUUUCCACCAUAAGCACUGGUGUAAGUGUUAAAUUUUCCUUUUGUACAGAAAUGUUGUUUGGGGUGGAACAGAAGAGCAAAGGAUGUGUAUAUAUGUACAGUUGCAUAAUUUCAAAAGUUUGCAUAUGCCUGUUACCUGACCAUUUUCCCAUAAAUAAAUUUCAUGUUACAAGAA